AUGAAAUGCAAGAUUUCAAUGACAAUUUUAGAAUCACAUAAAAAUAAAAAUUAGGCAUCUUUUUAUUAUAUUUAAGUAAUUGUUAUUAAAUUGAAUGAUAUAUUACCUAAUUUGUAAAAAUAAAAUGGUAACAGGAAAAAGAGGGAAGAAAUAAGGACUGAAGAAAGAGCCAUAAAUGUAGGGAAUGUGAAAAAUUGA